UCUCUCUCUUUUUUUUUUUCUUAUAUUCAAAUAAUAUGGUUUCUUCUUUUACUCAAACAAUUAUUGCCAUUUUACUUAUUCCUUGUAUUCCACUUCUUAUUUAUGUUAUUGGAAUAUUAAUUCCUGAAAGUCAUAUUGUUUCUCGAACUAUCACUUAUAAAACUCGACCUGAAAGACUUUGGGAACUUCUAACAGAUGUACAAUCUUAUCCUUUAUGGCGACCUAAACUUGAAAGUGUUUCUAUUGAUAGUAUUACUCCAGCAACACUUGAUGAAGGAAAACGCGUAGUGUUUGUAGAACAUUCUAAACGUGAUCGUCGUACUGUCAUCUUACAUGUCGAACAACAACCUUUGAAAACAAUGCUUCGAGUUUUGGAAGAACGUAUUACCACUGCUGUUAGUUUAAGAUCUCCUGUACCUACACGACCUCAUGUUCCAACUUUUUCUGGUUCUUGGACUUUUGAACUCAAAUAUCCUAAUCAAUGGUUACCCAACAACAAUCAUAAUAAUAAUAAUAAUAAUAUGGAUUCCACCAUCACCAACGAAACCCCGACAACUGUACAACUGAAGAUCACUGAACAAGGUGUUAUCAAAAAACCAUUGGUACGUUUAUCCAAUAUGUUACUUUUCGGUUAUCAUCGUCGUAUAGACCGUUUUAUGAAGGAUUUGGAAAAAAGAAUUGCUCAAGAUCAUCGAAAUGACAGCAAAAAAUCAACUACAACAAUUGGGGAAAACGAUGAUCAUCAUCAUCAGCAACAACAACCGAUCAAAUCAGCCGACAAUGAAAUAUAUCACCAGACAUUCCUUUCUUCAUUACCUGACAAGGAAAUCGACUUGGCCACUCAGGAUGAUACUUUAUUACAAGUCAAUGGACCAAAAUCAACAAAAGCAUUGGAAAAGGAUUGGGAUCUAGUUAGUGAAAUUUAUGAACGUCAAAAACCAUAAUUUAUCUUUUAGUACUCUUGUCCUUUAUAUAUAUAUAUAUAUAUAUAUAUAUCAAUACCCUCAUUUCAUCAUAUUUUUUUAUCCAUUCUUAGUCGAUUAUUCCCUUUUUCUUUUAUUUCCCCAUUCCUUUGUGUAUCCCUUUAUAUAUAUAUAUAGUAUUACUAUUAUUAUUAUUUUAUUGAAUACUUUAUCGUGUAUCAUUUUUAGCCAUUCAUUCAAUAAAUAUUCAAGUCAAC